AUGCGGAUCUUAUAUCUCUUUUCAAAUUCCGCCUCCCCCCACUCCAGGUUCCGCCGGACGCCAAAUGGCCCCGCGGAAGGCGCAUCUAGCGCCGGUGGUGCCGGCAGAGGCGGCAUCGGUCAGGGAAGCGGGCAGGGGAUGCCAGGAGCGGGAAUAGGCGGAGCUGCCGGCGGAUCCGGCGGAGGUCCGGGCGGGUAUCGUGGAGCAACAGGUCCUCAGUCACAGCAAAGAUAUGGAUCAACAGCAGUCGCGGGAAACGGUCCCACACCAGCAGCAGCGCCUGCGCCUUCCGCGUGGGGUGCGGGCCUUGCGCGCACAAGUGCGCCUACCCCCGCCGCUUCCGGCACCCAGCAGCAGCGGCAGCAGCAGCAACCAGCGGUGCAGCUGUCAUCCGGCCCGGGGAUUCCAGGUUUUGAGUCUGCGCCUCCCCCUGCGGAUUCCGCCUUCCCCGGCCUUUCCCGCUCCACGUCCGCGGGCGGAGCAGCAGCUCGGCCGGGGGCUCCGGGCGUAGCUGGGCCGGGCGCAGGCGCCCCUGCGCCAGUAGUAGGGUCUGGGGGAGCGCCUGGCGCAGGGCCUGCGGGUGUGCCUGCGCCGAGAAUAUCGUUUGCAGCUGCAGCAGCUUCUGGGGGGAUGUCGUACGCGCAAAGAGCGGCGCAGGCGCUGAAUCGCGCGGCUGCACCGCCCGCCCAAGCGCAACAGGCGCAGGUACAGGCGCAGCAAGCGCGGGUGGGCGGAAGCGGGGCGCAGCAAGCGACAGGUCAAGCGGGGGAAGCCGCGUCACAGGGGAAGGCGGACGCUGCUAAGCCGCCGCAGGGCACGGAAACAGCAGCACAGGCGGGCACAGGCGCAGGGGCAUCUGGUGGAGCGGGGGCGGACGGGGGUCAGGGAGCAGCGGGCGGGGCGAAGGGUAGCGCGAAGGGGGGGGCGAAACCACCGGUGAAGGCUCUUGGUCCUGCUGCGGCUGUAGCGGGGCCUCCUGCUCUUCCCCCUGGCGUAUCGCCUGUAGCUCUGCAGUUCGGCACGUUCAACCCUAACUUCAUGGGCGCCAGCGGCCCCGUUAUUGUAUGCCCCGGUUCCCCUUUCUCUCACCUUCGCCCUGCCCGGGCAUUGUAUGCCCGGGUUCCCCUUUCUCCCCUCCUCGCUCCUGACCCGUUUGACGUUUUCCUCUUUCGUCCUCUGUCUCUCACUACUUGA